UUUGUCAUGAAUGAUGAAAAAUUAUUAAUAUUCAAAGCUGACAGAACUGCGGCAAUCCGAAAAUUAGAAAACCUGGACAAAUUAGAAGAAAAAUUCGAAAAUAAGUAUUUUACGAUCCUUAAUAUAAGACCAUUCUUUGAUGAAAAUCAAAUAGUUUGGGAUAAAUUAGUUCUAAGUGAACAUUUGACAAGAUCAGGUCUUGAUUCGGGUUGGAGAGAAUUAAUUCCUCCUGAAAGUAACAUAACUAACGUGAGGCCUAUUGCUUAUGGCAUUGAAGAAGAAGUUUCAUUAUUGGAUUUGGAAGAAUCUGAACUUAAGUAUUAUUAUGGAACAGAACCAUGGGCU